AUGGUAUUCAAGUCACCUGCACUUCCGCCGCCUGAGCACUUUACAACUUGCCAACCAGUUGUUUCUGAGAUUCCCGUUCACUCACCUGUUGAAAGAGAGAAAGAGAGUUGUUCUGUAGGUACCGAAGAUGUCCAGAAAGUGAGUGAUCUCAUUCUAGAAAAUUUUAAACCUUUCGAGUUCAGAUAGAUUCUAAACAAACUGCUAAGGUUUCAAUCGCACCCCCCGAACUGAGCUAUAAACCGCCUCCAUGGGCAUGUCAGCCAGACGAUGAAAUGGAUUAUAAGCUGGAGGUCACAAAAUAAACAUGUAUUUACUUGAGAUAAUAAAUCUUUAAUAGGUUUUAAAAGAUGGGCGAAUUCUCACUCAGUUCGAUAUGAGAGAGAGAAAGCACCCUACGUUUAUUGUUAUUGGAAGACUUCCUAGUUGUGAUGUCGUUUUGGGUAAGAAUUUCUCGCGCGCUCGUUGAAUUUUCCCAUUUCAGAACACCCCUCAAUUUCUCGGUACCAUAGUAUUUUACAAUUCGGAGAAGAUACGAUGGCAAAAUCAGGAAGAGGCUGGCACAUCUACGACAUGGGAAGCACCCACGGCACCAAGGUUUCAGUUUAAAUAACAGGAUUUUCCAAAAAAAAAAAUUAUUGUAAACAUAUGAUUGCUCUAGGUUAACAAAAAUCGCCUUCCUCCAAAACAAUAUAUACGAUUGUACAUUGGACACGUGCUUCAGUUCGGAGGUCUGAAUUUUCUCUCUCUUCGAAGUUUGAUGAUUUUCCGGUAGGAAGCACAAGGCUUUUCAAUCUCCUUGGACCGUCUAGUGACUGCGAACCAGAGUGGGACUGUUCUCCGAGCGAGAUGAAGCAAAAAGUCCAAAAAAAGGUUCUUUUUUUUUUCUCAAAACUCGACCGCUAAAAGUCCGCAGAUUCUGGAAGCAAAGUUGGCGGCAGCGGCUAGACAGGAGAUCGAGGAAGAGGGAAAACGAGAAGAGGAAAGCGAAGGUUGCAACUGGGGAAUGGACUACGGCGAAGGAGAAAAGUCGUCGGCCGCUGCAGUUCGUUUUUUAAGCCUUUUAGAAAUCCAAAACUUGCUCUAAACUCUUUCUGAAUACAUUCUCUCAAAAAAACAGGUCGAACUGGAUCCUCAUUUGAUGGAGGACCGGGAAGCCUACUACCUGCAGGAUCCUCGGAAAGCACUCACAAAGUUCUUCGAACGUGAAGGCUUCGACAUGAACUUUGCGUUCAGCGAACAAGGCAGUGGCCACACUCACAAAUGGGUUUGCUCCAUCGAGUAGGUUCCUUUCGCUUCACGCACAUUAGUUUUGGGUUCAUAUACAACUUGCGUUUCACAUCGUAAAUACAGAGGGACGAUAGGUUAUAAAUUUGAAGAAAUAGCUCAGUAUUAAACAUCAUUUGGAAGUGUCUCUUGACGAGAGGUCGUUUUUCUAUCAGUUUUUGAAAGAUGAAAGAAGGAAUUUUCCAAUUAAGUUCAUUUAGACUUUCAGUUUCGUAGAAAUUCCAAGUUUUCCUAAUUACUGUUCUUAGUGUUCCUAAUUAGUGUUGGGUAUAUUUAUUGAAGUUAUCGAUCAAUACAUUGGUCGACUAAAUUUUUGCAAAAUGUAGUACACAACAGUCAGAAAAAAGGUUUAGUAUUCAAAAACUUGAAGUUCUUAGUUGAGGAAAAGUGAAAGAAAGAAAAGUGGUUUUGGACGUAAGCUUUACUCAGACUGCCGGUGGAAAUCGACGGCGUCGACAGGGCUUUCACGGCCUCGGCCACUGUAUCCACUUCGAAAAAGGACGCUCAGUCGCAAUGCGCUCUCGAAGCGUGCAAGAUUCUCGAUGCCUACGGUGUUUUGAGGUACUCGAGAAAUGUCACUUUGAUCGCAUUUUUUCUAGACGAGGGUCUACUAAACUCCGAGUGAAGAAAAAGACGUUGGAAGCGAACGAUUACUACGAAGAGGACGACGACUUGUACCUCGAUCGUACAGGACAACUUGAGAAACAACGCGAGAAACGCCGAAUAUGGGCCGAGGUUGGUGUGAAAUGCUGGCAAAAUGGGCCGUAUGUAUCAACCUUUUCUCGGUAUUUAGUUCGCAAUCAGUAGUCUUCCACUCCCAACUAAUUUAAAUUUAAUACGUUGAAAAAGCGUUAGUCACUCUACCUUCAUCGAAAUGCAUCUUCGUUUUCGAUUUCAGCAAAAUUUUUUGUGCAAUUUUUUUAAAGCUAUGUUAUAAAAGUUUCAAGUGAAAAAUAAGAGUCCCUCGACAUCAGAUGAAAAUUUCCCGUACAAAAAAAAUUUUUUCAAACCCGAACAAACUUGAUUUUUCCAGUUACACUAUGAUCUCAGAAACUCGACGAUGAAAACGAAAUUGUAUUCAUAAUCACGAUAGAAAAAAAAGUUCGGAUUAUAAGUUCAUCACUUCCUUAUUAAGGGUAAUCAUAAUAGAUUUUAAAAAGCGUAUGAAAGGACGCUUUUUACCCGAAUCGGUUCGAAUGGUGCUUGUACGAGCUGUUCUCGUCAUCUACGUAAUCAAAAUGUCUUUUCAUGUUUCAGGAAGGUACUUAUACGAAGAAAGUCGAAAAGGAUACGUACGACUCUCUUUGUGUGAAACUGGAGCAGGCGAAAAAGGACGUCGCAGAGAUUCAACAGCUUCUCGACGCGCUCAACCCCGUCAAGAAAGAAGGUUUGAAGAGCGGCGGCGACGCCUUGGAUGACUAUGUCCGGCAGCUGGAGAAUGGUGUCGUCGGCGGCGACGACCUGAAGGUUUUCCGCCUUCAAUCAGCCUGAAAGGAGCAGGGAUUUCAGACGAAAACAGAAAAGUCGAUGCUGCGUCAGAAGUUGGUCAUUGCCACGCACGACGUUCAGAAACUCGAAAAGCUGGUGCGGAUCGCCAAGCCGGUGGCUCUCCCAGGAUUGAGCGCCCUCAGCGCCACUUCUGGUACAGCUAGAACAGUUUUGAUCUUUUAAAUCAACCCCCUUUUUUCGCUUCAUAACCCGUUUCCGUCUGAAUUCUAGGAAGCUCUUGCCAAAUUUUGCAUGAAUCAGUCAAAAAGACGCAAGAGACACACAAAAAAAAGUAAAAUUUUGCUCCCAACUUUUGAAUUCAAAACUAAGUUCUCGUCUUGGGCCACAUUCAAAACCUUCCUAAUAAAGGAUAUUGCACCCUACAAAAAUGGCUGUAUCGCAGCGGGCCGCGGGCGAUACAGCCAACUCUUGUUGCGACAUUUCUUUUUUUCCGCAAGCUGUUAUUGACUUUUUCACCUCAGCAAGGCUUUAAAAAAACUUUCAGGAGACAAACAGACGUUUUUGCGUAAAAUGCUGGCAGCGAGAAAAGCGAAAGAGGCUCAAGCCAAUCAAGGACCGGCUACUAAAGAAGCCUCUACAGUUCCUCCUUCGAUUCAAAUCGCCCAGGAAGAGUUUACGCCUGAGACAGAGGAAGAAGAUGAGGUUCGUUAAGUUCGAGGGAAAGUGCAGUGAAAAAUAAGAGUCGUCAGAUUUUUUUAAUUUUAUUUUUUUAGAGUUGGCUUGUUCUGCGUUAUUUAGGUUUAAGCUGAGUUGGAAAAAAGGGUGUUAAGAUAGAUUUUUCUCUGAAUCAAAUAUGUUGUAGAACACGAUUUUUUUUUCAUUUUUUGAAAAAAAAACUAUAUAUUAUCACUCGAGCCGUUUUCGAGAUACGGUAGCUCAAAUAAUUACGGUUAAAAAGCUUCGAAAUCUAUAUAUCUGCAAAAAUCAACGAAUCUCGAUCAAAACUUGUUCCAAGUUGUUUAAUAAUUUAAUUCUGUUUAAAAAAAAAACUGUUUAUUGCAUCUUCAAUGUAAGAAUACAUGUGCAAUCGACUUUCAUUGAUUGAACUGUGUUUAAACGGCGGCAGGAGCUGUGGCUUAGGCAGAGAAGUUGUGAAUUUCGCUCGUAGAACAUCAGUACAAGAGAGGUCGUAGGAAGAAGUACGGUGCCGGCUCCGCAAGGGCCGAUGGCAGAGAUUGAGCCUUUUCGCUGCAUGCAGCUCCCAAUUUUAUCUACCCCGGAGAUAUAAAAGGCUUGGUCGACCUCGGGGGGACUCGAACCUACGACCUUGCGGACGUUAUAAAUGAGUUAUGCCAGCUGAGCUAUGCCGCCCCUUUAAUCCAGUUUUUGAAAAUCUAAAGUAUUGUAACGCGGCAUCCGCUAAGAGUCCGUUUUUCCUCGGACGCAUGGCACCAUGGGGAGGCGAGCCCUAGGCUCCGCCCCCAGGGUCCAUGGAGGACGAGGAAAGGCAGACUUUAGAGGACGGGCACCAGAGAGAUUCGCUCUCUGGCUUUAUAUGUAGUUUAUGUAAUAUGUUUUAUUUUGCUAUUGUAGAAGUAAAUAUUUAUCGCACACAAAAGAGUCGUAUUGAAGCAGAAGGAAAUAAUAGGAGUUUGUCCCGAAGAUGACAUUCGAGUCCCACUCGAAUGUCCGGAACCAUCAGAAAUCUUCAGCCAAGCAACUAUUAUUUUACAGUAUCAUGUUUGCGCAUUAUUGCUAAUAAGUGAGAAUUUUUCCUGACAAAAACUCAAAAUCAGUAUAUCAAGUUGCGAACCGAGUUUUCUCUUGACUCUAUCAAAAUAACAAAAAAAAACUAUCUGUUAGGCCGAAAAUGGAUUAGGCGAAUUUUCCAUCUAAAUAUAAGACGCGAAAAAUCUAAAAAAAAAAUUUGUUAUUUUGAGUAACAUUCUUUUUUUUUCUUUUUUCUUUCUUUAGAGUUUUCUAUACUUGGUCUACACCAGAAAAAUUAGUUUUCAGAAGGCUGCCGUUUCAUUACCGCCUCCAUCUUCUCCCGGACUAGUACAAGAAACAAGCGGUGCUGUCCCGUUUCCACUUGAGCCAGUCGUCAUAAAAUCAGAAGUAACACCAACCACCGAUGAAAUGAUCACUACAGUGGCGACAGACAGUCAGUUACCAGCGAAAAAUGAAUUUCCGCCGUCAUCUUUGCCUCUGACUCCGAAAGCACCUGAUAUCAUCGUCAACGUUGCUCAAUCAAGGCAGAAUGAUGCGCUACACGAAGAUGAGCCGGUUGAGAAAAAGAAAAAAGUGACGAGGACUCGGAAACGGGACGAGAAGAAGCUUGCUGGCGCCGAAGACUACGGCGUUGGGUACGACGACCGUGACGAGAAGUACGCUACUUGGAUGCCGCCUGAGAACCAAUCGGGAGAUGGAACAUCCGCCUUGCAUGCCAAGUUUGCCGGUAGAUAUUAA